CUAGACGGUGACAUUGACGAAACUAUAAAUAGCUUUAACCGGCACGUUCCGGUCUACAAAAGUCGCUCCCCUGUUUUCCCUCUCCGAAAUUUCGAACACGUUUAGCGCCGGCGAUUCUCAUCUUCCCGCUAGUGCUCUCGGCCGUCUAUAAUGGCUACCUUCGGUGCAGCCUCCGCUGCUAACACGAACCCUAACAAGUCCUUUGAGGUGAUUCAACCCCCGACUGACUCGGUUUCGAGUCUCAACUUCAGUCCUAAGGCAAACUACUUGGUGGCUACUUCGUGGGAUAACCAGGUACGAUGCUGGGAAAUAUCAAGAAAUGCAAGCACCGUUUCCAGUGUGCCCAAGGCAUCAAUGUCACAUGACCAGCCGGUCUUAUGUUCGGCGUGGAAGGAUGACGGAACAACGGUUUUCACCGGCGGUUGUGACAAACAAGUGAAGAUGUGGCCUUUACUGUCAGGAGGUCAAGCAACCACUGUCGCUAUGCAUGAUGGGCCAGUUAAAGAGAUAGCCUGGAUUCCCGAAAUGAACCUCUUGGCUUCAGCAAGUUGGGAUAAGACCUUGAGGUACUGGGACACAAGGCAGCAAACUCCAGUGCAUACUCAACAACUCCCAGAGCGCUGUUAUGCUAUGACAGUGCGGUAUCCGCUCAUGGUUGUGGGUACUGCAGACAGGAACAUCGUAGUCUUCAAUCUGCAAAAUCCUCAGGCGGAGUUCAAGAGAAUUCAAUCACCGCUGAAGUAUCAGACUAGAUGCGUAGCAGCAUUUCCAGAUCAGCAAGGGUUUUUGGUUCUCGCGCAGGUUGGUUCCAUAGAAGGCAGAGUUGGUGUUCAUCAUCUGGAUGAUGCACAGAGUGGUAAAAACUUCACUUUUAAGUGCCACAGAGAAGGAAAUGAUAUCUACUCAGUGAACUCCUUGAACUUCCAUCCUGUAAGUUAUUUAAAUUUCAUUCUCGUCCACCAUACGUUUGCAACUGCAGGAUCUGAUGGUGCUUUCAAUUUUUGGGACAAGGACAGCAAACAGAGGCUGAAGGCCAUGUCAAGGUGCAGCCAGCCAAUUCCUUGCGGUGCAUUUAACAAUGAUGGCUCCAUAUAUGCAUAUGCGGUUUGUUAUGACUGGGGCAAAGGUGCUGAGAACCACAACCCCGCAACGGCAAAAACGAACAUCUUUCUGCAUCUACCACAGGAGUCUGAGGUUAAAGGGAAACCCCGUGCCGGAGCAACUAAUAGAAGGUGAAGAAGCUGUUACUGCUUUGCGUGGCGGCCCUGGCGCGGAAGGCUGACACGUGUCACCUCCUUGUAUCUCAGUCUUUCUUUUCUUUGUUCUAGACUGGGUUCAUUCAGUUGGUGCUUUGUUUUUUUCGAGUGGUUGUCCAUAGGGUUUUUCAUUUGUUAGCGAUGUAAGUGAUACAAAUAGAUAGUAGUUGUUUUGAGAGACAGGCGAAUGCUGAACAAUAAUUUUUUUCCUUACCAAACAAUUGCUAAUGGGCUGAGAAGAUAUUGAGCAGCGACCAACUUGCGGUUCAGUUGUCCCUUGCACAGUUGCACUCUUGUGUGUCCUUU